AGGUGCCGAGAGAGGCCAAGGCGAUGUAAACAAAGUGAGGCUGAGCUGAGGCCUGAGUGGUGAAGCAAAGCCGCCACAGCCCACAACUAGGCCCGCUACAGCCCUCCACAGCAUUGACCAGUGUACAUAGCAGUGCUGGAGAGACGGGAGGAGGACAGCACAUAGAAAAGGAAACCAGGAAGACAAGUAGGGGCAGGGGAAAUAGAGGAGGAGCCCUGACUGAGAAAUUGACGGCAGCUCACUAACAUUACAUUAGACAGAUGUUGAUAAACUAGAGGCACAGGAGUCCUUUGUAUCCUCAGAACGGUAAAUUUGACAGGAAAAGGAUAAAAAGGAAAAGUUGAGACGGAAAAUUGACAAUAGGGAAAAGGAAAAGUUAAGACUGGAAUAUUGACCAACUGAGGAAAGAGGACAUUGAGACGGGAAAAUAGAAAGAAAAGGAUUAAUUAAGAAAAAGAAAUGAAUUGAGGGAUGAGGAUAGUACAUGGAGAGGAAAUAGUCGAUAACUGAAAGAAACUGCCAAUCCAGAUAAGCUGACAGGAAAAUAGACAAAAAGGUGAUGCAGGAAAAAAAGACAGAGAGAAUGACAUAAAAGAAUAAUAAAAACAAACAAACUGAGGAAAAAGUCAAACAGAAAAAAAAGAAACAGGUGAAUAGAAGUUAUAAUAUUCCUGCUUAACUUACAAUGGAAGAGUUUGGCUUGACUUACUAUGUGCUGGUGGUGCCGCUGACCUUCCCAGUGGUGCUGCUGCUGCUGUACAUCCGCUGGCUGGGCUGGGAACUGUACACCAACAACUGAACCGGCACUUUUUGACACAUAGCCUUAAAUCACCAAGGAAACACUGCUACACACACCAACAAGCCUCUGACUACUGCUACACAUCACACAGACCAAACUAUUGCAACACACACCAAACAGCCCUAAACUUUGUACAAAUACACACACACUACAAAGCCAUUUCAACACACACAAAACACCCCCAGACACUGUUACACACCUGUUUUACUUUGAAAUUAUGAAAGCUUAAGUGAAUUUAGUGGUGAAAAAAAUACAGAUGAAUACAAUUGCCUCAAAUUUACAGUGACUUAGUGAGGUGUUACCCUGCUACCCUGCUUUCCUCUGCCUCCCCCUGCUUCACACAUGCAUGGGGGGGGUGUAACAGGGCAACAUGGCAGAACAAACAGCCCCUCAAAUUCCCCCACAGCAUGACAAGGGGAAUGUUACCCUGUGUGAGCCCCUUCCCCUGCACCUCUCCCCCCGUGGCAGGGUAAAAGCAGGGGUGGGAAGGAGACUAGAGACCCCAUCACCCCUUCCCAUGCCUCCCCUGCCUAUUGAGUUUGUUGAUGUUGGUGCCUCUCUUCCCCCAGCUUCUCUGUGCCCCCCUGCCAGUGAUGAGAGGGCAAGGGGCAGGGUGUCUGGGAUAGCAGGGGUUGGGUGCCAUGAUAGGGGGCACAUGCAGGGUAGCGAGGGGGUCCCUGCACCACACCAGCAGGUUCUGGCGGCGGGGCAGACUGAAGGGGCGCUGGUGUUAGGAAGUGAAGAUCUGCCACGCUGUGUUGUGGUGGACUUGCAGGGAAAUGUGGUGGUGCAGGAGACACCACCACCACCACCACCACAUAGCACUACCACACCAACACCUUACUUAGUGGACCAACCGAUUCUGGUCCAGGUGGGUCCAGACAUGGCUCGGCAGGGGACUCAGACGCACAGUAAUGGUGGCUUGGAUGGAGCGCUGGAUGGCACCCACUGUAAGCCUCCCACUGCAAAGAAUGGAGUGGAUGGCAGCAGCAGUCCAAGGGUGGCAGAGCAGACAAGUGGAGGACGCAAGGUGGAGUUUGGGCCACGUUGGAGCUUCAAGGAGGUGGAGGUGAAGGAGGAGCAUGGAGCGAAGGACACAAACGCAUCUGAGGAAUCCACAGGGGGGGAGAGUGACGCAGAGGCAGGACGGCCAAGGAGGAAGUCUGCUAAACGUGCCAGGCAGAGGUGGAAGACUAUUGGAGAGGUGGAGGGAGGCCGUGCUGGGGUGGGAAGGGUGCGGCGGCAUCACCCAGGACCCCCGCCACGUGACAGGUCUCAGGGCAAGGCGGAGGAUGGUGAGCAGAGGCCCUGGGCGGGUGACACAGGGGAGGAGCUGCCAGUGUGGGCCCGUCGCCUCUCCUCUGUGCGGGUGGUGGACGGCCAGUGGGUGGUGGGUGUGGCAUCGACCAGUGAGGUGCUGCAACAGACUCUCGAAGCUCAUUCCCGCAGUGUUCUGUGUGACUAUAUCAAGAGCCACCCGAGCAGCCUGGAGCAGCGACACAGGGCCAAGUGCCAGGCCAGCCGGAUCAUGUGGCACCACCAGCGCAUUCGGUUUGAUGGGGUGCCCUUCACUAUUCUCUCCUCCAAUGACCUCAAGUGUGCCUUUGCCAUGAACUACAAACUGAAGAGGAAGAACAAGGGGAGUGGAGGAAGCCAGCAGCGGAAGGGGCGAGUGGAGGGGGUGGAGUUUGGAGCAGAGGGGCAGAUUGGCACUGAUGGAGGUGAUGGGGGAGAUGUGGAGGACCUGCAGGGGAGUGGGGUGGCCAGCCAGGAGGGGGGAAAGGAGGUGGUGCCCAAGAAGAAAUACAAGGACAUCUGGUUCACCUCCUGCCCAGCGCGGAUCACUGUCAAGGUCAUCGUGAAGUACCCAGGCUAUGCAGUGGGCAUUGGGGCUGUGGCGGGGGAGCGCAAGGCUGUCAUGAAGGCCCUGCGGCGGGACCUUGCCCAGGGCAUCUCACCGCAGCGAGAGGAGCUGUACCACGUCACACUGCCUUUGCGGCGCCUGCACAACCACCCACUACAGGGGCGGUCGCGGGGCAUCCACCCCUCCAUCGAUGGCAAAGUGGUGUCCCUACUGCAGGAGGGAGUGACAGCCCCCAAGGCUAUCCAGCAGCUUUUGGAGCGCCAUGUGGAGGCAGUGACAGCUGGUGACCUGGUGCUGCCCCACCCAGAUGACCGUGCCUUCCACCCGCGCCUCAAGGAUGUGGCUAACCUGGUCUACACCCGCUGUCGCCAGAUGGGCAUCACUGCACGGCGCCGGCCCCCAGACCAGGCCCCAUUCGAGGCCCCUCACAAAAAGCGCCGCCGCCCCAAGCGUCCCAGGGAGGACGGUGAGAUGGAGGGUGAGACAGAGGUGGGGUGCGGGGAGCCCCUGGGGGCCUCGACCCUGCAGGAGGCUGUCCAGACCUUCUGCACGGAGGAGUCUGAGCGUGGCAGUGAUGGUGGCGUGGGGGAGGCACGGGGUGACCGGAGUGACGUGGGGCUGGCAGAGCUGGUACGGGGGCAGCUGGAUACUCUACGGGGUCUCACCUACACCAUGCAGGACACUGCAGCACUGCAGGAGGUGUACCAGGGCCUGCAGGCACUCAUUAACCAGUACAUGGCCCCUACCGGCCCUACCCUGGCCGGAGGAGGCCUGACAGAGGUGCCAUCAGCAACAGCCACCUUCAUUCUGCAGGACAGUGCUGUAGAUCCCCUGACUAUCACCUCUGGGGCACCCUGUGUGGCAGAGGUGCCGGACACCUUGGCCCUGCAGGAGAAGGACAUGGGGGAGGCAGGGAAGGUGCGAGGAAGUGCUGCCCUCAGACAGCUGCGGCCUCCUGUGGCUUUACAGUGCGUGACAACAAGCAUGGUGCCCACUGUUGUGUCCCAGCUGCCCAGGGCCCCCAACCAUGCCCCUCCUGCACAUGUGGUGACUUCCCCUGCAGCCCCUGCACCACCCACCUACCAGACCCUGGCCCCUGUGGCCCAGGAUGGCCCUCCACCUGUCCAUCUCUCUCUCCCACCAUACUUCUAUUAUGUACAGGAGGUGACAGUGCCUGAGACAAGCCAAACAUGGACCUACAGCACUUCUUCCUAGCACCUCCCACCACCUCCCACCACUCCUCGCAAGUCUUCCCAAAGCAGCAUUCUCUCUCAGCACCAACACUUCACUCCAUACUCACCUAUCCACACCAGAAAUGUUAUAUGUGUGAUUUUGGAUGGCUGUGCAGGCUGUGUGGGUAGUACUGUGUGGGUGUGGAUGAGUGUCGCUCUGCAGGUCUUUCUUUAAGUGGCUGAGGGUGAAUGUGGAUGAGAGAAAAGAAAAAUGGAUGGCUGAGCUGUGUGGAUGGAGUUAUAUGUGGAAUAGAGAUAUAUGGGAUGAUGUGGAAUAUAGAGUUAGUUUUUUUUUUUUUAUUUAUUUAUUUAUUUAUUUAUUUAUUUAUUUAUUUAUUUUUUUUUUUUUUCGAGAGAGAGACGAAAACCAGAAAAAAGCAAUGAAAGGAGAAAAGAGAGAGAGAGAGAGAGAGAGAGAGAGAGAGAGAGAGAGAGAGAGAGACGAAAAAAAAAAACAGAGAGAGAGAGAGAGAGGUACAUUUGCCAAUUACCUCAUGAACUAGCCAACAAGUCUGAACAUUCCUUAUAUUAAUGUAAAGUUAUGUGAAGCCAUUCCUGUCUAAGUUGUUAUCUUCUCUUUCUUCUUCAGUAGUUAGUGACCUGAUUAUGUUAACAUUUUAUAGUGUUUUGUAAUGGCGACGCUGCAGGAAGCUGACAUAAAGAGUAUAUUUUUA